AUGAAGAAUUUAAUUGGUUUGAUGAACGCCUACGAUGAGCAAAGAGAUAACGUUUGUCUAGAAGGUUGGAAGCAGCGAUUAGAAGGUAUUUUUGCAGACUUUCAAAAGAUUCGAUUAGAUAUCGAAUUACUCGAGGAGACAGAAGAAAUUGCUGAAGAUGUUUUACCCCCAACAGAUGAUCAAAAUCGAAUUGUACGUGAUAAAUUCGAGAAAGAUUACAUGACGAUGUAUGGUUUUUUAGUCGCUGAGAUCCGCAAGCAGAAUGCUUCCACAUUACAAGCAGUGCAAAGUGUAAUCCCUCAAGGUCAAGGCUUUUCCGAAGCCACUAUCUCUCGUGUUAAAUUGCCCGAAGUAAAAUUGCCUUUGUUCGAUGGAUCAUUAUCAAACUGGCUUACGUUUCGUGACACAUUUGUCAGUCUUAUAGAUUCAAAUACCCAACUGAAACCAAUCGAAAAAUUUACUUAUCUGGUUUCUGCACUCUCGAAAGAUGCAAAGAGAGUUGUAGAGUCGAUCGAAUUAACCUCAGCCAAUUAUUCAGUAGCUUGGGCAUUACUGAAAAAGCGUUAUGAUAACAAAAAACUAGUCGUGAAAGGUUAUAUUGAGUCGUUGCUUACUAUCGAACCUAUGCGUAAGGAAUGCUACGAUUCCUUGUCUCGAUUAGUUGAUGAUUACGAGCGGAAUUUAAAUAUGGUAAAAAAGAUAGGGAUUGAUGUCGAAGGAUGGAGUGUUCUCCUAGCGCAUAUGGUUUGCGCGCGUUUAGAUGCAGCUACUCUCAAACAAUGGGAACAACGCCAUAGUUCUACUGAAGUACCACACUAUGCAGAAGUGAUUGAGUUCUUACGAGAACAUUGCACCGUUUUGCAAUCGAUAUCGUCGUUGAAACCCCGAAUUGUAGAACCACCGAAAACUGAAUUUACUCGCUUACAGAAACCAAAGCUGGUUCAUGCGAUUACCACUAACCAACCGGUUAGAAACUGUCCGUUUUGUAGACGAAUGCCACACUCUCCCUUUCAUUGUGAUACCUUUCGAUCAAUGCCCAUAUCCCAACGAUUCGAAGCAGUCAAGAAAAAUUCGCUCUGUAUUAACUGCUUCUCACACUCACAUCUCGUUAAGCAAUGUCCGUCAAGCUCUUGCAGAGUCUGUAGCCAGAAACAUCAUACAAUGUUGCACCAAAAUACCGGGCGCUUACUCGAACCCGUAGCAAAACCGAAAUUCUCUGAACAAUCACCAAUGUCGUCAUCGAAUCACGCUCAGUUUACUCGAAAUAGUAAUGUUCCUCCUCUGCCCGCAUCGCACCAAGCACCAUCGUCCAGCCUCACCUCGUCUUCGCCCCCACCCACAAGCCACGUUUCGACUUCCUUGCUCAGAAAUACAAAAUCAGUUCCAGCCACAGUAUUAUUACAAACUGCUGUUGUGAAGGUGUCCGAUAUCAACGGACAUACCGUAUGGGCUAGAGCUUUGCUAGACCCAGCAUCACAAAUCAAUCUCAUAACGGAGGAAUUGUCGCAGCAGCUCACGUUACGCCGCAUAAAAACUCACCAAGAAAUCGGUGGUGUUGGAAAUUCUACUGUCGUUUCAUCGCAUAUCGUUAUCGCUAAAAUAAAGUCUCACUGUUCAACUUUCAUUGCUGAUUUUUCAUUCCACGUGCUGUCAGGAAUAACUCGCGAGCUUCCUGCCAGGGCUCUUGCCACCGCCGAAUGGACCAUUCCCAAUGAAAUCGUGCUUGCUGAUCCCACCUUUUACCAACCCGGUCGGAUCGAUAUGAUAUUGGGCAUGGAAGUAUACUACGAACUCAUACAAGAAGGGCUAGUUAGACUUGGUCCCCAUUUGCCAGUACUGCAAAAAACCACACUAGGAUGGGUGGUCUCCGGUAAGGUUGGAAAUUCGUCAGCGCCUACUCUUCGUAUCGCUAAUAUUUGCACAGCAACCGCUAUUGAUGAACAAUUGGCGCGUUUCUGGGAAAUAGAAUCUUGUUAUGCUAAAAGCACUCUUUCGGUCGAAGAAACACUUUGCGAGGCUCACUUUGCGGCAACUACCGUUCGGAAUGAAAUGGGCCGCUUUGUAGUACAACUUCCUAAACGGAACUCCGUGUUGGCCACAUUGGGAAAUUCUGAAGAAAUCGCAAUUCGUCGAUUCUUGGCACUAGAACGUCGCUUGAAUGCAAAUCCACCCCUGAAGGAAGCAUACAGCAACUUUAUUGCCGAGUAUUAUCGCCUUGGCCACAUGGUCGAACCGUCAGCACCAUUUGACCUACCAUCGUACUUUUUGCCCCACCACUGCGUAAUCAAACCAGACAGCCUUACUACCAAGCUUAGGGUAGUGUUCGAUGCUUCGUGCGCAACAGACACUGGCGUGUCGUUGAACGACGCACUUAUGAUUGGACCCGUUGUGCAGGACGAUCUCCUAUCGAUAGUUCUUCGUUUUAGAAUGCAUCGCUAUGCGAUAAUAGCUGACGUCGAAAAAAUGUACCGGCAAGUGGCCGUACCUUCUCCUGAUCGUGCUCUGCAACAAAUUCUCUGGAGAAAUUCCCCACAAGAACCACUACGUACCUACCAACUGACAACAGUAACAUAUGGCACAUCGUGUGCACCGUAUCUCGCUACUAAAUGCCUACAAGAGUUAUCGAAAUCUGUGCAAAAUACCCAACCUAAAAUAGCCAGGAUAGUUGGGUCUGAUUUUUAUAUGGACGAUCUUUUAACUGGAGUUGAUGAUAUAUGCGAUGGUCAGCAACUUUGUUCACAGCUGCUAAAGGUACUCAACUCAGCUGGUUUUCCCUUGAGAAAAUGGUCAUCUAAUUGUCCAAUGGUUCUUGAACAUCUCCCGCCUGACAUACUUGACGAAAGACAACUGUUCGAGCUCGACUCUAGUUCUGCUGCUAUUAAAACGCUCGGUUUACAGUGGCAGACCAAUACCGACCAAUUUAUUUUCGGCAUUCCUAAAUGGAACGAGUCAACCGUAAUUACCAAACGUACGAUACUAUCCGAUGCUGCCAAACUUUUCGACCCUCUUGGUCUUGUCGGUCCCGUGAUUGUUCGAGCCAAAAUUUGUAUGCAGGAUCUUUGGAGAGACCAGAAAACAUGGGAUGAGCCACUUAGUGAAGAAUUCCAGGAGAGAUGGCGCGAGUUCAAAAAUAGUUUGACCACUCUUCAAGACCUGAUCAUUCCUCGUUGGGCAAUCCAAGUAGAUUCACCUAGUUCGAUCGAAAUACACGGCUUCUGCGAUUCAUCAGAAAAGGCUUACGGCGCGUGCAUUUACCUACGAGCAAUAGCUGCAAACGGAACCAUCGCAGUCAAUCUCCUCACUGCGAAAUCGAAGGUCGCUCCGCUGGGUGACACAAAGAAGCAAAAACGUAUUUGCUUACCUCGUCUAGAACUAUCUUCUGCUUUACUGCUUGCUCAUCUGUUCCAAAAGGUUCAACAAGCUAUUCGGUUGAACACGAAACCGUUCUUUUGGACAGAUUCAACCAUCGUCCUACACUGGCUAGCAGGAACACCGUCUCGAUGGAAGACCUUUGUUGCCAAUAGAGUGUCCGAGAUACAGCAUAUCACAGCUUCGGGAAUCUGGUCUCACGUCUCAGGUUCAGAAAAUCCAGCAGAUAUAAUAUCGCGUGGAAUGGAUCCCGAACAGCUUCAGCAUACAUCGACCUGGUGGCACGGACCACAUUGGCUUAGUAAGCAGCCAAGAUUUUGGCCAUCUUUGUCACCACUGCACAUCGAAUUAUUUGAUCAACAAGAUCUCGAAGAACGUCCAAUCACAUUAGUCGCACAGCCAAUAACAGUAAAUUCAAUUUUUUCCCUACGAUCUUCGUACAUGGCUCUGGUCCGAAUAGUAGCUUGGAUGCAGAGAUUUUGCUAUAAUAGUCAACCCAAAAAUUUGGUACUCAGAAGAAAUGGAUGUUUACGGGUUCCGGAAAUCAAGGAAGCAGAAAAAACUUUAGUACGAAUCGCUCAAAGCGAAAUAUUUUCGGAAGAUCUUUCGUCAAUAGCCAAAACUGGCCAAGUCAAACCAAAUUCCCCGCUAAAACUACUGACGCCCUUGGUUUGUCAAGGCAUUCUUCGCGUUCGUGGCAGACUACAUCAUGCUGCAGUCUCUUACGAUCGAAAGCACCCUAUGAUACUACCUGCAAAACACCCGCUCACCGACCUCAUAGCACGCUAUUAUCAUGAAAAGUUGCUUCACGCGGGGCCACAGUUCCUAAUCGCCGGCCUACGAGAGAAGUUUUGGCCGCUACGCAUCCGAAACCUCGUUAGACGCACCGUUCACUCUUGUAUUAGCUGUUUCAGAUGUCGACCGCGUGGGCAAGACCAAAUAAUGGGCGACUUACCACCUGAGCGAGUGUCUCCCACACUACCCUUUGUUCACACUGGAGUGGACCUAUGCGGACCACUGUAUUAUCGACACCCUCAGCGCCGCUCUCAGCAUACAAAAACAUACAUAGCGAUUUUCGUUUGCCUCUCAGUAAAAGCAAUUCACAUCGAGCUGGUCGGAGAUCUAUCUACUGGUUCGUUUAUAGCUGCUUUAAGACGAUUUCUAGCCCGUCGUGGAAAACCACGUCUUAUCGAAUGCGACAAUGCAACAAAUUUUAAGGGUGCAUCUCGAGAAUUAGCCGAACUGAAAAGACAAUUCAACUCACAACAAAUGCAGCAGUCCAUAACAAGUUCCUGCACCGAAGAAGGUAUCGAAUUUAAGUUCAUUCCACCCCGUUCACCGAAUUUCGGUGGAUUAUGGGAGGCGGCCGUAAGGUCUCUCAAGGCGCACCUGCGAGCAACUAUCGGCAACGCAGUCUUAACUGCUGAACAACUGACCACACUUUUGGCUCAAAUAGAGAGCUGUCUCAAUUCCCGUCCUUUAACGCAAAUGACAGCCGAGCCUGAAGACCUCGAAGUCCUGACUCCUGGGCAUUUCCUUAUCCAUCGCUCUCUGACGGCCCCAGCAGAGCCAUCACUAGAAAACGUACCAAUUAAUCGACUUGAUCGCUGGCAGGUAGUUCAAGAAUACGUUCGCCGACUCUGGAGGCGCUGGAGUACAGAAUAUUUGUCCGGCCUGCAACCACGGACGAAAUGGACCCGUGAAAAAGACAAUAUUGCCAUCGGAACCAUGGUUUUGGUCAAGGAGGAGAAUCUGCCACCUCUCAAGUGGCGUUUUGGCAGAAUCGUGCAUAUCUUCAGAGCAGAUGACGGCAAUAUACGUGUCGUGGUAGUGAGGACCAAGGACGGAGAAUUCAGGCGCGCAAUUUCCAAAAUCUGCGUGCUACCCAUUCGUCAACCAUCUCCACCCAACGGGAGCCACGAUAAUGAUGACAAUUAA